GGCGGGCUGCUUCACCAAGCAUGCUGUAAAAAUGUUGGCUCGAGCGAUUUGGGGUCAGGUCGUCAUCGCGCUGCCAGGAUGUUCUUUCAUGAGCUUCCACAACACCAGGCACCCCGCGAAGUCCUCGCCCAGUUUUCUCUUCCCUCGAUGCGGUCUGACAUAUGCGGGGGAGUGCAGCGCACGGGAGCAGGGCGCUCCCACUGUUCCGCGACGCUUCCCCCUCCUGUGCGAAGGAACCGUACCAUACUGUUGCAACGAUCAGCGUGCUCGGCAAAGGCAGGCAGUGGCAACGGGCACUGUCUCUUCUCAGCGAGUUGGUCGACACAGCGAUGGAAGCCAACGUCAUCGCAUAUGGCGCUGGAAUUGGCGCGUGCGAGAAAGGGAAGCAAUGGCAGCAGGCCCUGUCGCUGCUCAAGGAGAUUAGGGAAGCGAAGCUGGAACCCAACGUCAUCAGCUGCAACGCUGGGAUCAGCGCGUGUGGGAAAUGCGAGCAGUGGCAGCGUGCCUUGUCGCUGUUCGGCGCGAUGUUGGAAGCAAACCUGGAGCCCACAGUCAUCUCAGCUACAACGCUGGGACCAGCGCGUGCGAGAAGGGCGAGCAGUGGCAGCGGGCUUUGGCGCUGCUCCGCGAGAUGCGCGAGGAGAAGCUGGAGCCCGACGCCAUCACCCCCCUACAACGCUGGGGUCAGCGCGUGUGAGAAGGGCAAGCAAUGGCAGCUGGCCCUGUCGCUGUUGAGCGAGAUGUGGGAGGUGAAAAUCGAGCCUGACGUCAAGAGCUACAGCGCUGGGAUCAGCGCGUGCGAGAAAGGCGAGCAGUGGCAGCAGGCUUUGGCGCUUUUGAGGGACAUGUGGGAGUCGAACAUAGACCCUGACUCAGCUACAAUGCUGGGAUCAGCGCGUGCGAGAAGGACAAGCAGUGGCAGCCAGCCCUGAAGCUGUUCCGCGAGAUGCGGGAGGCUAUCUUGGAGCACAGUGCCAU